UGCCGGAUGCCGGAUGGCGUGUUAACGGAGACCGCAUCACAAUAAAGCGGAACCUGCACCACUUGCCCGCUCGCUCAAAUCUUUCCAUCACUCGGUCAAGCCGCCAGUGUGAGAGCAAGUCACCGAUCAUGCCGAUUCCCGGCUCUCCUGUAGCUGGUCGGAACCCUAGCUCCGUUGGAUCAAGCAAGUCAAAGAAUCGUGACUCGUUGAGGAGCCCUCUCUAUUCUGUUAAAUCUUCCUCCGACGACAAAUCAUCCUCUGCAAGCCGCAAUCCCUUUGCUGUCGCAGCGAGGUUUUUCGGCUCAUGCUUCUCCCCGGCCACGGGAAGAUCGACUGACGAGAUCUUCUCCGAUGGUUUUAGAUCUCCUUCGCAAACUACAUCAGCUUCGGGAAGUAAUCAGGGAAGCUUUCAAGGUAAGGCGAGGAGGUUUUCAGGAAGUGGGAUCUACAGUAGUUCAUCUCAAACUGAGCCUGGAGGCAUGAGGUUCACCAUGGCUGAGAUCAACAAGGCCACAAAGAACUUCUCCCCUUCUUUGAAAAUUGGUCAGGGUGGAUUUGGAACGGUGUACAAGGGAAAGCUCGACGACGGCAUGGUUGUUGCAGUGAAACGUGCCAAGAAGAGUAUGUAUGAUAAGCAAUUAGGGACGGAAUUCCAAUCUGAAGUCCAGACUCUGGCAAGAGUAGAGCAUUUGAAUUUGGUUAGGUUUUUGGGAUAUUUGGAGUAUGAUAAUGAGAGGAUUCUUGUUGUGGAGUAUGUGUCCAAUGGAACUCUCAGAGAACAUCUUGAUUGCUUGCAUGGAAGUUGCCUUAAUCUUGCAGAACGCCUGGAUAUUGCAAUAGAUGUUGCUCAUGCCAUCACUUAUCUCCAUAUGUAUACAGAUCAUCCCAUUAUCCACAGAGACAUUAAAUCUUCCAACAUCCUUCUCACAGAAAAUUUACGAGCUAAAGUUGCGGAUUUCGGCUUUGCACGACUCGGUGCAAUCGAGGCCGAUGCCACACAUGUUUCAACCCAAGUAAAAGGAACUGCUGGAUAUCUCGACCCAGAAUAUCUCAAGACUUAUCAACUCACGGAUAAGAGCGAUGUCUAUUCCUUCGGAGUGCUAAUGGUGGAGUUGAUAUCAGGAAGACGGCCCAUUGAGCCUAAAAGGGAUGUCAAAGAACGUCUCACUCCCAGAUGGGCAAUGAAAAAAUUUAUGGAUGGAGAUGGCAUCCAAGUACUGGACCCAAAGCUUCUCGAGACCCCAGCAGCCUCUCUUGCCUUGGAGAAAAUCCUGGAGCUCUCUUUUCAAUGCCUUGCUCCAAACCGGCAGAGCCGACCCAGCAUGAAAAUGUGCGCUGAGAUUCUGUGGAGUAUCCGCAGAGACUUCAGAGAACUAUCUUCUUCUGAUGAGCUCUCCCAUAACUCUCAGGCUAAGUCCUCCCAACCGGAGUAAACAUUUGAAACAUUGAAGAUUUACAUACUUAGCAGUUAAUUCCUGUUUUACUUAUCUAACACCUAUAAUUCAGUUUUUACAUAUAUACCUCCUUAUCUACGCAUGCAAUGGUGUAUUCCACCUUUUAAAGUUUAGCUGGUGUAAAUGUAGAAUGUAAAGUUUAGGUGUUAGAUGUGUAAAUUCAUAGGGAUUGAGUGGGUAUGUAUGUAAAAAUGCCCCUUAAAAAACAUGGAUUUGGGUCCUUUUUUAAGGAAAUUCUUUUUGUAUCAUUAGUUGAUUGGAGGCGAAGGUGUUUGUAUAGUUUUAGUUGAUAUAUGUGCUCUCUUAAGUGAUUUUUUUGUAUGUCAUCAAAAUUGUUAGUUCAAUAAGUGUGUACAGAAAUUUGGUUGUUUACUAUGAAAGUCUUUGAUUUAUGGCA